AAAAGUAUUAAAUAAAUAUACGAAACAUAAAUGUAAAAUUUUCUAAAUUCAACGGGUAAAAAUGGAAAAUUUGUGGAGUAAUUUUUUUUGGGUGGGAAGGAAUAUUUAAUGUUCAGGUUAGUGGAAAUCUGUUUUCCAAUUGUCUUCCACCUUUGCCCUCUCUGCCCAAUGUUAUCUUCUUUCUUUGGACUUAAAAAAAAAGUGACAAAAGUGGAGAGAAAGAAAGAAAUAAAGAAUCAUCAAAGAGUUAAUAGAUUAGCUUAGCCAGCCAUGUUCCCUUCUCCUUCUCCCCUUUCUCUCCUUUGUGCUCUCCUCCUCUGUUUCCCACUUGCUUUUUUCUAUACCAUAAAUACCCCUCUCCCCGCCGCCUCCACGACGGGUAAUAACCCUUUGCCCGGAACUGGAAACCAGGCGGCGGAGGGAAAUGAUAGAGGAUCCGUAUUCCUCCGGUCUUCCCCGCCGGUUGGGAGGAGACAGCCGUUGUCACGGUUAUCGGGUCGGGUCGGGUUCGAGCCGGGCGCCGCCGGGAAGCGGCGGAAGCUGGCGUUCAUGUUCCUCACCACCACGCCGCUUCCGUUCGCGCCGCUUUGGGAGCUCUUCUUCCGCGACGCGCCGGCGGGGGCGUACAACGUGUACGUCCACGCGGACCCGAGCUACAACUACACGAAGCCGUUCGGCGGCGUCUUCGCCGGCCGGGUGAUCCCGUCGAUGCCAACUCGCCGGAACACCGCCUCGCUGGCCGCCGCCGCGCGGCGGCUCCUCGCCCACGCGCUCCGGCACGACAGGGGGAACCGCAUGUUCGCCCUCCUCUCCCCGCACUGCAUCCCCCUCCACUCCUUCAACUUCACCUACGCCGCCGUGAUCGACUCCGGCCGGAGCUUCAUCGAGGUUCUGGCCAACGAGCCGUGGGCGCUGCCGCGGUGGCUGGCGCGUGGGGACACGGCGAUGCUGCCGGAGGUGAAGUUCGAGGAUUUCCGGAUCGGGUCCCAGUUCUUCAUCCUGACACGCAAGCACGCCAGGGUCGUCGUCCGUGACCGGAAGUUAUGGCGGAAGUUCCGGGCCCCCUGCCUGGAAGCGGAGACGUGUUACCCGGAGGAGCAAUACUUCCCUACGCUGCUCCACAUGGUAGACCCGCAAGGGGUCGCCACGGCGACGCUCACCCACGUGGACUGGAGUCGGAGCUCCGGCGGCCACCCCCGGACCUACAACGCCACCGAGGUGGGGCCGGGGCUGAUCCGGGCACUUCGCGAUGACCGGCCGAGAUACGGAGAUGAAGAGAUUAAUAAUGGGUCGAAUAUGACGGCGUUUAAACGGCGUGACCCGUUCAUCUUCGCUAGAAAGUUCUCGCCGGACACGCUGGGAAGCCUAAUGUCGAUUGCAGAGGGGUGCAUUUUGAAAGACUGAAAAUAUGAGUGGGCUUUUCUAUAAUUAGAAGGUUUUCCUUUUCUUUUUCCUUUUUUUUCCCGAGUUUAUCUUAUCUCUUUGAGAUUUCGGUCAAAUGUGCAUAAGCACAGGACAAAUAAACCUGUGCAUUGAUGUUUGUAAUUUUGAUUUUUUUUUUACUUCAAUCAACUGUAAGUACACGUAGAGAAAUUCAGUCAAAUAAAAUUAAAAUAUACUCCGUAUAAACUUACCUAUUAAUA